CACAGUAUUUAGCUAAUCCCUCUGAUGCAAACGGGAGGAACGUCGUUAGCCUCUCUUUUAGAGUUCUAUUCACACAAAGUUUACGCACUUUUAUGUACGUAGGUAAAAUGUAAAACCUAGGACGUUACUCCACUAAUCACACUCGGGGCCCGAUGGAGUCGCUGCAAUCAGCUGUGCAUCAUAUCUUGUUAUGAUAAACAAGUAAUGAACGGCAAAACCACAUAAUUAAACAAUGGAAGGAAUGCUGCAUAAGUGGACCAAUUACAUAAGUGGUUGGCAACCUCGUUGGUUUGUGCUUGAUGGAGGAACGUUGUCUUACUAUGACUCUCAAGAAGAUGCCUGGAAAGGUUGCAAGGGCAGCAUUAAGAUUUCAGUAUGUGAAAUCCAAGUUCAUUCCUCUGACUCUACACGAGUUGACCUGACCAUACCAGGAGAGCAGUACUUUUACCUCAGAGCCAUCAAUGCAGCAGAGAGGCAGAAAUGGCUGGUGGCACUGGGAACAUCCAAAGCUUGCCUUACAGACAACCGAACAAAAAGAGAAAAAGAGCUCCACGAGAACACAGAGGCACUGAAAACUAAGAUGUCAGAACUCAGAUUGUACUGUGACCUUCUUCUACAACAAGUAAACAAGAUCAAGGAGAAUGAUGAGCUAGCAGACACAGCGGAGACAGGAAUAGACACUGGAAACAUGGUAAAGUCUACAUGCACCACCUUUCUUAAGACUCUGGAGGAAUGCAUGCAGAUAGCAAACCGUUCUUUUAGUACGGAUAUGGCAACACAGAGUCCACCAGGGUCUCCUCCAGUAGCAGCCAUCAAAUCUCAGAAGAUUAAACCUGUCAAUCAUUUAAACCACAACCUUGGAGAAAAAUGGAGAGAUUUGUCUGAAUCCUCAGGAGAAGCAAUUGCACAUGACAACCAGAGCCUUGACUCUGGAGUAGAAGGGCCAGAUGAGCCAGAUAGGCCAGAACAACAUCCUUCCCCAUCAGACAUUGAUGCCGCCAACAGCAUUAGCUCAGUCCCCGAGGGGGGAGUCGAUCCUCAGUUACACACUACCCAGAAUACCUCUGAGAUUGAACCCUACGACCAACCAGCAGAGGUGGACGAGGAAAACGAAGCUGACGAUCAAAAGGAGACAAAACAAGAGCAGAAGCACAGAGUGGACCAAAAUCAAGGAGAGCAGGACCACAACAACGAGGAAGCGAACGUUGUCCAGCCUUGGCACCAACAGGAAGCUGUCCCAGACCAAGAAGAGGCUCAACAGGAGGGCCAGACGUCCAGAGAUUCAACAGAGCCGGAAGACACAGAGCAGGUGGAAACUUUCUUCAGCACAAUGAGUCACAGAUUUAGUGAUAUAAGACUGGACGACGACAAUGGUAUCCCUACACAAGAGUUUUUGGACUCAUGCUAUGCAAUAGUACCAGUAUUAGACAAGCUGGGAUCCACUGUGUUUGCACCAGUUAAAAUGGAUUUUGUUGGAAAUAUCAAGAAAAUUCACCAGAAGCUGAUGUCAGAGCCUGACAGCUUCCCCACACUACAGUCCAUCGUGCUGCAUGAAGUCCAGACAGAGAAUUCCCGUGUGCGUAACUCGGCCACCGAGGCUCUGCUGUGGCUCAGACGGGGCCUGACGUUCCUCAAAGAGUUUCUGUCGGAGGUCAACGCAGGAGAGCAAGACAUCCACGGAGCGCUAAAUAAUGCCUAUGGAAAGACCCUUCGGCAGUACCAUGGAUGGGUUGUGCGAGGCGUUUUUGCUUUGGCGCUGAGAGCUGCUCCGUCUUAUCAAAGUUUCGCCGCUGCCUUAGUGUCGAGAGCGGGCGACGAGCUGAAGGGCGGCUUUACCAGCGGCGUGCACAGGGACCUGGGAUUGUACCUGCCUGCCAUGGAGAAGCAGCUGGCCAUCCUAGAUGCGCUGUAUGAAGAAUACAACCUGGAGUCUGAUGAAGUCGUGUGAAACUUGGAACAGAGAGAGAAAGGACAGAACCUGACCGCACAGGCAGAGUAGUGGCUGAGCGCUGAAGGAGGGUGCCAGAUGCAUCAAGUGCAUCUUGGUGUACAAAAUAAUUGAGCGUGUCCCUGUGUCAGUGUGAGGUGUUUUCAGUGGUUGUUAAACUCUAGGACAGUGGACGGUCGAGGUUUGAAGAAGGUAUUAAUGUCUGUAUUUAGGAGCAAGCAUUAACAAUUAAGACAUUGUUUGACAAAUUGUAGUUUCUAGGUCUUGUUUAAAAGACCAUUGACAGCGUAGGGUUUUUUAGCCCUAUUAUGCAGACUCCAGCCAUGGUGACAUUUGUUUCUGGUGCACACUGAACCACAACUUAUUUGGCUCUAGUGACUUCCCUGGAUAAUCAUUUGUGAUUUCCCCCAAAGUAAUUUGUAAUCAAGAUUGUCCUGUUUCCUCGGAUUCACAAAACAGGGUCAUACUUACAACUAACACAAAGCAUUAUUUGGACAAAAACUAUGUCAGAUUGUUCCGAUGCCCAAUAUGUAUGUGAUGGAGUUGCAUACUGGGCUAACUUUAAGCAUUUUGGGUAAAAAACAAAAGGUUAUUUCACUGACUGUUGAUUUUAGGAAAUUAUGUCAGAUUUAUAUUCACCUUUCCCUGCAAAUGUAAUAUAAAUUCUGCAGUUUGACAAUUUUUUUGUUUUACAUCGCAAACAUGUUAGGAACAAUUGCUCUAGAGACAUUCCAUGGGACCAAAAAGGAGCUAUCAUAUGAAUGGCUUUAGCCUCUGCUGCCUACAGUACCACAACACACAACAAUUAAAUAAUACAGUGUAGCUGUUUAAGUACCGACAACUGCUGAUGACUUUAGUGGACAUCCUCUGCACAAACCAAUGCAUAGAAUGCAUUUUCACAAUGUAUAUUUAUUAAGUCUUAAGUUAUAAUAUAAGUUCACAACAUCAUGGGGAUCAGUUCAGUCCAGCUUUUGCAUGGACAUUUGUAUACAUAGAGCAUGUUUAUUGAUUGCAUGGUUUUAUGUAAUAAGUAACAUAGGUGCUAAUGGAAACUGAAUCGGCCAAGGACUUGAAUUAACCAAGUUAAUAAAUAAUCCUGAAGGGGAUAGAUGGAACGUUAAAAUACAUUGCUUCUCAUUUAUCUCUGUACUGAUAAUGAACAGUGACAUCCAGCUACUCUACAGAUUUCAUUAUCUCGCCCACGCACUGAUACAAAAACAUGAGUGUUGUUGCCAGCCAUAGUUAAUAUUGUAUGUCAACUCAACAAUGACAAAAUGAGUGGUAGGACUCCACCUCCCAUCAGAACAAAGCAGGAACAUUAACAUAGGGCUUUUCUUUUUUUUUUUACCAAGACUGACAUACCGCAUAGUAUUUUUAACUUAUUCUCACUUUUCUUUUGUGUUUACAGGAAGGCAUACAGUAAUAAUUCUUAGAGUAAGUCAUUUGCAGCAGGUUUACAUCACUGCAAUGUCCUGUUUUAUUGUCCAGUGUUGAUCCUGACAAUAUCCCAUUGUAAUAUUGCAAACAUUUGAUUUGUUUUUUUCUAUGACUGUAUAUAAGAUGCUAUUUGAUUUUUUCAUAAUAAAUAAUGAAGUUGU